AUGGACGACGACAUGGUAUUUGAUCCAUCUUUAAAGAAAAAGAAGAAGAAGAAGACCGGUUUCGACUUAGAUGCCGCUCUCGCAGGCGAACAAGGUGAGAGCACGAGCGUGGAGGCGCCCGCUGGGUCGGGUGACGUCGACUUGCCUGAGGAUGAUAACCUCGAUUUGGAUAAUUUUGGCAAGAAAAAGAAGAAGAAGAAGAAGGGAGUCUUUAACAUGGAAGAACUUGAAAGUACGUUACCGGAAACACCUCCGGCCGAAGAGCCGGAACAGCAGGAGGACGAAGUUAUUGACGAUUUAGAUCUAGAUAUUGACUUCUCUAAAACGAAAAAGAAGAAGAAGAAGAAAAACAUCGAGGAGCUUGUCCUUGAAGAUGACACCAAGGGAGAAGAUCAAGAGAAUGUCGAGGAUGUUAGUGGUGAUUUAUGGAGCGGCACAGACCGUGACUACACGUACGACGAGCUACUAGAGCGAGUGUUCGACAUCAUGCGAGAAAAGAACCCCAGCAUGGUUUCUGGUAAAAAACAGAAAUUCAUCAUGAGACCUCCACAAGUUGUUAGAAUUGGUACUAAGAAAACAUCAUUUGCCAACUUCACAGAGAUCUGUAAAACUCUUCAUCGACAGCCUAAACAUUUAUUAGACUUUUUAUUGGCUGAGUUGGGUACAAGUGGGUCCGUGGAUGGUAACAGUCAACUCAUUAUCAAAGGUCGUUUCCAACAGAAACAGAUAGAGAAUGUACUGCGUCGGUAUAUUAAGGAAUACGUAACAUGUCACACAUGCCGCUCCCCUGACACCAUCCUCCAGAAAGAUACUCGAUUAUUCUUCCUUCAGUGUGAAACAUGUGGUUCCCGUUGCUCUGUGGCCAGCAUCAAGUCUGGUUUCCAGGCUGUCACCGGUAAACGUGCUGCCAUCCGUGCAAAGACUGCAUAGAGUAUUAGUGCUUAGUGAUAAACUAAUUAUACAGUCAUGGAACUGGGGUACAUACAGUCGUGGGCCUUAUUUUUGCUGUAAUAUUUUUCUAAACAUUGUCAGCUGUAAUCUGGUGCUGGCCAUUGUUAUUGUGCAAUUGUAAGUAGAUAGACAUAAAUAUGAGGUACACCUAAUUCCUCUAUGUACCUUUGGUAUUUAUUAUUCAAAAUCAAUUGAUCUAGAAUGAACUACUUUAAGUUCUUAGUAAAAUUGUAUACCAUUUAGUUGCAUUCUUCUGUCAAAGUUAUGGUAAUUAGUGAUGUGCUCAAAGUUUUUGUGAUUGGCUGAAUGAGGUAUUGCCUGAGUGUACCCCAUUUUAACCCCUAUAUUUAUGUAUAGCUCACUUCUGUAUUAUUCUCAUUGAUACACAAUGGUUUUAUAAA